AUGGCUACCAAUGGCCAGGCCGGCGCUGGCGCCGGCGUGCCGGCGCGAGAGGCGGACCGGGGCAGAGCGCCCAUGGAGCUGUACCCCAUGGUCGACUGGAAGUACGACAGUUUCCUCUGGGUCAUGUCCAUCACGGCCGACCUCUUCUUCCGCGAGAUACACCCGCGCAGCUCCUGGAAGAUCCCGCGCAAUGGCCCCGUGCUCUUUGUCGCCGCUCCCCACGCCAACCAGUUCGUCGACGCCCUCAUCCUCCAAAGAACCCUCAAGCGCGAGGCCGCCCGCCGCGUGUCCCUCCUCAUCGCCCAGAAAUCGGUCCACGGCUUCAUCGGCUGGGCCUCGCGCCAGGUCGGCGCCGUGCCCGUCGGCCGCGCCCAGGACUCGGCCAGGCCCGCGAGCGGCACCAUCUACCUGCCAGACCCCAUCGGCGAUCCGACCCUCGUGCGCGGCUACGGCACCCGGUUCGACAGGGAGGCCGAGGUCGGCGGCGGGCUCUUCCUGCCGUCGGUCAAGGGCAAGACCGGGUCCAACGUGGACAUUGCGCAGAUCAUCGGCCCGGAGGAGAUCCGGAUCCGCCGGCCGCUCAAGGGGAAGCUGCCCAUGCAGCAGCUCACCGGGCGCGACGACAUCGAUGAGGACGGAAACUUCACAAAUAAGGAGCACAGGGGCUGCGCGGCGAACUUCCAGGGCACCAAGUUUAAGACGGCGCCGCACAUCGACCAGAGCAAGGUGUUCGAGGCCGUCUUUGCGCGGCUCCGCUCCGGCGGCUGCGUGGGCAUCUUCCCCGAGGGCGGCAGCCACGACCGCACAGAGUUGCUGCCGCUCAAGCCUGGCGUGUCCAUCAUGGCGCUGGGCGCCAUGGCUGAGAACCCCGGGUGCGGCGUCAAGAUCGUGCCCGUGGGCAUGAACUACUUCCACGCGCACAAGUUCCGCUCGCGGGCCGUCGUCGAGUUCGGCGCGGCCAUCGACGUACCGGCCGAGCUGGUGGAGAAGUACAAGGGCAAGGAGCGCCGCGAGGCCGUCGGCACGCUGCUGGACCAGGUCCACCAGGGGCUCUCGACCGUGACGGUGUCGACGCCCGACUACGACACACUGAUGCUGAUCCAGGCAGCCCGCCGCCUGUAUAACCCUACAGGCAAGAAGCUGCCGCUGCCCGUCGUGGUGGAGCUGAACCGCCGCCUGGCGCUGGGCUACGAGCGCUACAAGAACGACGAGCGCGUCAUCCGCGUGCUUGAGUCGGUCAAGAAGUACAACCAGGCCCUGCGCUACCUUAACGUGCGCGACCACCAGGUCCAGGUCAUCCGCAUGUCGUGGCCCCGCGUGGUGCGCACGUUCCUGGCGCGGCUCAUCAAGCUCGUCGUGCUGCUCUUCGCCACCCUCCCGGGCCUCGUCCUCUUCUUCCCCGUCUUCGUCAUCGCGAAGAUCAUCAGCAUCCGCAAGGCCGAGCAGGCGCUCGCGGCGUCCACCGUCAAGAUCCAGGGGCGCGACGUCAUGGCCACGUGGAAGCUGCUCGUCUCGCUAGUCGUCGCGCCCUGCUUCUACAACUUUUACUGCACCCUAGUAGCCUACAAGGUCUCGACCGACGGCUUCUGGGGCCUCAUACCCACCAACGUGGUCGUCCUCAACUGGAAGGUGGUGGCGCUGGUCGUCUGGACCAUCAGCUGGCCCAUCUUCAUCGGCAUCACCUUUGCGGCCCUGCGGUUCGGCGAGAUCGGUAUGGACAUCUUCAAGUCGCUCCGCCCGCUGCUGCUCUGCAUGCUGCCGACGUCAAAGUACAACCUCCAGAAGCUGCAGGAGCAGCGGGCCGAGCUCAGCGCCGAGGUGACGCACCUCGUCAACACGCUGGGCCCCGAGCUGUUCCCCGACUUUGAGCAGACGCGCCUGAUCAAGGCGGCCGACGGCGCCCCGCUCUCGCCCCUCUCGCCCAUCACCUCGUCCAAGCAGCCGAGGGACCCGGGGCAACAGGCGGGCAAGAAGCGGCGCGACAGCGAGCAGUCGUCGGCGAGCGCGGGGCCGUCGGAGCCGCCCACGCCGCCGCCGGGCGGCAUCCAGCGGCGCACGACGCAGUCGAGCCGCGCCAUACCGCGCAACGAGUCCUUCAGCAACAUCGGGCGGGCGGGGAUCUUUGCCACGCGGCCGCCGUCGCGCAACCGCAGCCGCACGAGCAGCGCCGGCGGCGGCGGCGGGCUGGGUGGGUUCGGCUCCAUGGGUGGCUUCCCCAUCAGCGGCUUCACGGCCCUGGAUUCGCAAGAGGGGUUCGACGAGGCCAGCCGCAAGAUCCGCGAGGCCAUGCGCGAGCGCGGUGAGAUGCGCAGGCGCCAGAGCGGCCUCGACCGCCACACCUCGUCGGGCUCCGGCGGCAUGGAGAUUGGCGCCGAUAGUGAUGAUGAGGAGAAUGGGGAGUCGUAUUACGACGAGGCGAGGAAGAAGAUGACGUAA